GCGCGUGCUGGCGGAAAGGGGGGAAGAUCACCCUGGGCAACGCGCUCGCUCGCGCGCACGGGAAGCGUUGUGUUUGUGUGUAUAAUGGCUGCCAGAAACAGCCAAGAAAGAAAACAGGAGAAUUCGGGAUAAACUCGAGAGAAGCUGAGGAAGAGGAUGGUGAGCAGACAAGCCAAGUACGAGCUGAUUCAAGAGGUAGGCCGAGGCAGUUAUGGUGUGGUGUACGAGGCUGUGGUGCAGCGGACAGGAGCGCGCGUCGCCGUCAAGAAAAUCCGCUGCCACACACCUGAGAAUGUGGAGCUGGCUCUGCGCGAGUUCUGGGCCCUCAGCAGCAUCCAAAGCCAGCACCCCAACGUCAUCCACUUGAAGGAAUGUGUGCUCCAGAGAGGCAGGCUGGCUCAGAAGAUGAACCACGGCUCCGGCUCGUCUUCAUACCAGGAGUUGGUGGAAACAUCCCUGAAGGGCGAGCUGGUGUUUGAUGGGCGCUGUUCCCGCUACCUGUGGUUCGUGACGGAUUUCUGCGAUGGCGGUGACCUGAACGCUUACCUGCUGUCACGCAAACCGAGCCGCCGCACCAACGCCAGCUUCAUGCUGCAGCUGGGCAGUGCGCUGGCCUUCCUGCAUCGAAAUCGCAUCAUCCACCGGGACUUGAAACCGGACAACAUCUUGAUCUCACAGGGUCCAGCUGAGCCCACGCUUAAGGUGGCUGACUUUGGCCUGAGCAAGGUUUGCUCAGCAUCAGGCUUGGACCCGGAUGAGCCGGCGAGCGUUGAACGCUGCUUCCUAUCCACAGCAUGUGGCACUGACUUCUACAUGGCACCUGAAGCACGCGAGGGCUGCUACACAGCCAAGGCGGACAUCUUUGCACUGGGCGUGAUCAUCUGGGCCAUGGUGGAGCGCCUUACGUUUGUCGAGGCAGGCACACAGCGCGAGCUGUUGGGCAGCUACGUGCGCCACGGCGAGGUCAUCGUGCCGCUCGGCGAGGCGCUGCUCGAGAACCCCAACAUGGAGCUGCUGAUCCCAGCGCGGAUGAAAAGCAUGAGCGCCGGAAUGAAGCGGCUCAUCAGGGAGAUGUUAGCGGCCGACCCGCGGCAGCGGCCGGACGCCUUCGAGCUCGAGCUCAGGCUGGUCCGUAUCGCAUCCAGAGAGCUGGACUGGGACACGUGAGGAGUGUCUGAAGAAAAUGUAAAUCAUUCAAAGAUCAUCAGAAACCCCUUUAAAGACCUGGAUCUUAGUUAAACAAGACGGAGAAGAAGUGAUCGCGGCGCAUUGUAACUGUACGGCUGGGGAAGAAUUUUGUCGCGACCUUCAUGCAUAUGGACUUUGUGAGGAGGAAACAAAGAAACAGCUGGAGAAUCAGCUUUAGCGCUUCGUGACUAAAAAAAGUAGCGUAAAAUAACGACACAUAACACUAAGGCCAGAGCUGAGCGGGAAAUACAAACCUUUCACCAAGUGAUCACUGCGAACUCGAGCAUGCUUCGACUCGGCGCCCUUCGAUUUCACUGAAAAGCCACCUUUCUCUACAUCUUUUUGUGUUCAUUCACCCUUUAUUAGUUCACGAGGAACCCUGAAGAAACUUCACGGUUUGAUCGAUUCGAGCAACCUAAAACAACGCAGGUGCGUUUCAUGCGAGUGAGCAACGCACCUUCUCCGUACAAACACUUUGUCAACUGAGCGUUGGUCGACCGCCAGCUAAAGUUUUGAAUAACUAACGAGGCGGAUGUGACGUCACGUGAAACCCAGCAAUUGACCGUGUGAACAGGUUAAUAAAUGACCAAUUCCUGUUGUGGAAUUGGUUCAAACAUUGAAGACAAAAAUAGGUCACCAUCGAGAGCCACAGAUCUGAUCUGGGCAGGAUUUGUGCAGUGAAACUUGUAACGGGAACGUGAACGUAGCUUGAUUUUUGCCUUUUUCAUCGACCAGACUUAUGCCUUAUUUUAAAACCCUGUUGCCUCUGUAAGCACGUUAUGUAUUCUUUUAAGAGAACAAUGGCCUUGACUCCUCCGUUUUUGAAAAAUUGUUCAUUUGAACUAUUUUUAAACAGGCAGACUGCUUUUUGCUUUUAUGGCCCAUGUUUGAAAGUGAUGGCUUUUGUGUUUGUUUUUUGUUGUACGGUAAUUUCAGUAUUUAAUUACCUUGGUGAUUCCAAAUUGGUCAGCUAUCCCCAUAAAUGCUUCCAGCAGUUAUGAAUGGAACUGGGUUGUUUUACAAUCAGGGUCCGCAAGCUAAAAAUCACAUUUAACACUUAUCUUCAAUAUCAAAAGGCUUGACUAAAUAAACUUGGUUGUUUAUUGUAGCCCUGUGAUCGCUCAAUUUAUGCAAAAAAAAAAUGUGGUGAUGACGUUAUUUUUGGUGAAUGUAUGGCAAUGUGUGUCAUAUUUAGCAAAAUUACUCGUGUCAUUUAGAAAAAGUGCUUUUUUGACCACAGGUAGCUCCAAAAGGGAUGCACUUAAAUCAUUCUUUAUACCAUAAAACACAUAUUUGGUUCCAUAUCAUUGGAAUGCCAGUAAGUUUUUGAUCAAAUUAGUAUGGAAUUGUGUCCAAAAAAAGUCCUCUCCGAGACAGCUAAUUUUUCGAUAUAAAAUAACAUAUCUAAAAUGAUUUUCAUCCUAAGAUAUUGGGACAUAAAUAUUAGAGACAACUAACACAAAGCUUACAGCCUUAUAUUUAAAAGCACUAUGGAAGUAGUGGAUUCUGAAUUGUCCAAAAAAAAAAAUGUCCUCUCCGAGAAUCACUUCAUUUGUUUCUCCCAUCUUAUAGCAGAUUACACAAAACUACCAUACACACGUCAAAAAAUUACCUGAAAUCUGUUCUUUAACUCGUCCUUCACUUAACUGGUACAAGAACCAGUUUGAAUCCAUUUGAAUUUUGGACCCCUGUGACACAAACUUUGUACCCUGAUUGUAAAACAACCCAACUAUUAAUAAAAUAAGCCACCAUCAACCAUUUGAGCGUUAACUAGCAGGUAAUGGGGUUUGUUUUUAAAAUGUUUUACGACCUGUAUUCAUGGUGGUCACCCUACAGCCUGAUUGAUUUUUUUCUUCUAAUUUUUGAAAAAAGGGAUUUAAUUUUUAUGCAUUGGGCAGAUCUUUGGUGCACAAGGUCCAAGGAUGCAUACAUCACAGCUCGACAAGGUGUUCGUCAAAUCAGAUACGAGUGAGGCAACCUCUGAGGAAAAAUGGUUCCUUGGCGAAAUCAGUUUUGUUUUUUCCCAGCCACCAGCUAGAAUGAGCUCCCUUCCUUCCCCUCAGCCUGGACUGUUUUUAUAAUGGGAAGUGGUUUCUUUGUUUCCCGUUCAUUUGACUUUUCAGUUUUAUUUCUUUGCACUUGUAGAUAAUGUAAACGGACAGCACACGCACCGCUAGAAAGAUGAUCCGAGUCUGCUCGCUCAACUGUGGUGGCUUGGGGUUUUAUUUUUCUUUUCUUAUUUUAUUUUUUUUCUUUAAAUGAACAAUGACGGACAGUACUGAAUGCGCCCGUCUGUCGAGUUUAGGCUGUAGGGUCUUUUAUUUUGGUGGUUGUGAAAUAUAUGUAUGAUUUGGUUACUGUAUGUGCUUUCAACUGUGAGCAGUUUUAAAUUCCACUUUUCUUUGGUCCUACCAUUUAUUUAAAAAAAAAAAAAACCCUCUUAUACAGGGAUCACCGAUUUAUUUAUUUUAUUUUUUUUUCUAAUCAGCUACCUCGAUAGCAUUUAAAGCAGGGGUGUCGAACUUUUGUUUGAAGUAGCGCACCAUGUUAUAUUUGGUCAAGCGGACCAGAUUCAUCUUAAAUGGGUUUUUCUCUGAAAGGAUUCAAAGAUUGGAGGCAUCACCUGCAAAUUAAUUUUAUACAAAUUGUGGCUCGGGCCAUCCUUAAAAAAAAAAAAAUCCGUUUUCUGUUCACCGGGUGAGCAAAAAAAUUUUCAGUAGGGAGGGAGGGAUUUUUUAUAUAUAUAUAAUUUUUAUAUGGAUGGAUAAGAAAUCGCAAUGCUGUGUUUGCUUUUUCUUUCAGUACUUUUUUAUUACAAAAGCAGACACAUUUAAUAAAAUAUAUGACAGUUUAAUCAACUGAAACUUGUACAAAAACUAAGUUAGCAUUUUAAAUGCUGACUGCAACAUUUGCAAAACUUUUACAAAGGUGCUUAAAAUGUCCGACACACGGACUUUUUGUAGUUCUAAAUCGAGCGUUAGGCCUAGUUCGGAUGAAAUUACACUAUUAAAAUGAUCACUGAAUGAUUUGUUUUUCUGAAUCUUUACUAUUUUGUUGUUCGCUAGAAUACCAUUUUGCGAUUUCACACUUCAGCAAAUGUUUGAAAACUCCGGAUCUCCUUCCUUCAUGGUGGCUGCCAUUUUUUUUUGUGCCGCACGGCGCAUGCGCAGAGCCGAUUCAGUUCUAUAUUCUGUGCGGAAUGCGUAAAUGUCAAGUUCGAUUUUAGAUUUACAAACCCGAAAAAAACGUCGAAAAACCGGCGUUUAAAAAAAACAAAUUUCAACCGCACAAAUGGCACUCACCCAGCCGGUGGACCGGAAACAGAACAUUUUUUAAUAAUGGCCUUGUUUAGAUGUUAUGUCACAUCUAUACAUACAGUAGUAUGAGGGAAAUUUGAUAUGAAAAUUAACAAGUUAAAAAAAUAAUUAGCUGCAGUGUCAAUUUUAGCUUGAUUUGGAAAAUGAUACGUUUUCUCAGGAGCCAGGUUUAUGGCUGAGUUUAUCUCUUUCUUCAUAAAAAUAAACUUUCCAACUGAUUUUCUGGUAGACUAAAAUGAAAGUUUGUACUGGUAUCGGGCUUGUCAGCUUGCAGGCGGUAUGUUCGACACCCCUGAUCUAAAGGCUCAUCACUAACAAGGUUAAGCCUAAUACUAGAUUACAACCAUUUGGUGGGUAAACAUCAUUCAUUCAUUCAUUCAUUCAUUCAUUCAUUCAAGCUGCCUUUUUUGACCAACUUUAGGUGCUAAUGGUCUGAGACACUGGCCCAGGUCGCCCUCCAUAUUAUGCCAAAACAACUGCAAUAUCAGGAAAAGCACCAUCAAUGCUGUGCAAGAAGCGGCUCAAGCUCUCGCCAUCCGUCUUCAUAUUUGCAUCGUCCUCUACCGUGUAGAAAUGAGUGAAAUGGACAGGAAAUGAGUGUAAAGUGAAAGCAGACCACAAUGCAACACACUUUGGUAGUUUUCCUGUUCGGGCAUAAACAUAUAACCUUCAGGAUUUGUAUGAUUUGAAGUAACUCGUAUAUAAAGAAUGAUGCCGAAGGCUUGUAAAUUGUUAUUCCGAAGAGAACGGCUCAACUGGCUGAUGUACAGGAGCGAGUCCCUUCCUUCACUGUGUCCUGCUCACACAAUCACACCCGACACGUCUCGUCUAAUUGUUUUGUUUGCUUAACAUCAAUAAACUGAUGUACUUUGUGGCUUGUUUUUAACUAACCUUUUGUUGUUGUACAGUAUUUUUAUGCGAUUUUUGAGAUUUACAAGAGGCUGUAAAUGUGUAAUUUAUUGUUGGGACUGGCUUUAUAAAUAAAAAAAAUGGAGACAA